UGUCCGGACUGUCACUGUCCUCUCGUGCAGUGUCUAAGCUCCUCCGUGCUUUUCACCAUCGCUCAUCUACCCUCCGCUCUGUCGCCGAAAACAGUGGCCCGGGGUAGAUUCGGGCAAUGCAUAGCAUAUCUCUGUCUCUCAAUCUGUCGAKGAUCUUUUUUGUGGAGCCUAGUGCUGCAUUGCCGAUAGGAGGGGAGUUUUUGAUCAGUCAUACUGGACUGACGGGGAGGGAAUGUUAUGCUGCAUUCCCUCCUCCUUUCAUUCUCUCUCUAAUCUGACAUUUGAGAAACUCGUUCGUGCGCAAGAUUGUAAUUAGAUAGAUGCUGAAGGAGAAGAGCAUUAAUUGGCCCAGCCACUGUGCAAUUUUAUGUAUUGCAAUUGCUCGAUUAUAAAUGACUAUAACACAAUACAGUGACAAGAGUCGAUGUACUUGUUCUUCUUCUACAAUCUACACAUAUUCGCCAAUUCAGAAAAAAAAAAGAUGGUGAAACUCAAACGGGAGAAAUAUUUUCUCGAAGGACAAUACAUUUGUUCUAUUCGCCAGGUUUUAUGAUUUACACAACUUUUAUCUUGAGAACUUUUAUUUUGAAGUGACUGUGACGCGCUCGCGUACCCGGAAGUUCACUUCACAACAUCAACUGGUGGGGGGGAAAGAGAAGAGGACACGGAGAAAAGAAGUAACUUAAAACACCAAAGUGACUUUUCCAAACAACCUUUUGGAGUAAUUUCAGGCGUCAUUUUAACGUUUUCAAACUCACGUCCAAAUGUUCUGAGAGCAGAUCGCAGCGUCACAUGGAGGCUGUUGUAAAGAACUUGGAGCGGACCAUGGAGCUACUCGCGGUGUCGCAGACAGAGACGGUGCAGCGGUGGGACAAACAAACCCUGGACAGAGCCUUCCAAUGGACUCAGUACUGCGAACACGUCUACACACGGUUCCAUGCAAAUCCAACCGUCAGGGACAUCUUGGAAAAACAACUACAGGUGACAAACGAAAGUUUACGAACAACUUUUCAGGGGUAUACGGACAUCACGUUUUCUGACCUGUCGCAGUGUCAACACUUGCUGCUUGUGGGRUUACUAAACAACGCCGCUGUUCCGAGCUCAGUCAUCAAACUACUUUUCGACACUAGAACGGUUGKAGGAAAAUCUAAGGACGCCACCGGUCAUUGCACUGAGUUCAUAGAAGUGAAAUCGGCACGUAAAGUUUUAAGCGCCAUUUAUUUGAAACGCAGUACGUCCUUUCCUGGUCCUGRUGUUGACGUGAUAGGCAUGACACUGAUGGAGAUAUUGGAUACCCUGCUCUCUCCAGCUUCUGGCGUGUCCAAGGUGGGCCUAGCAGAGAAGUUAUUGGACAACAUCUUACAAACCUGUGGUGAAAAUGAAAUCUUCUCAGGAGUCGUUGCUGCUACUCUCCGGUCAAGGAAAAACAACAAAACAGCAACAACGGCAGCAACAACAACAACAACAACAAAAAUGGCUUCUGAAGGAGUUUCAUUAGACUUUAUCCUGGCUUGGCUCCGGCAACACCAUAGUUUACUCCAGCAUAUGUGUUCCACGUUGCCUAUUGGACUUUUGAUGGACCUCUACCAGCAGUCCRUGAGAUUUAGAGUGACCUACCGUGACAUGUUGAAGCAAUGGGGGUCACAGUUGGAGUAUGACUUGGGAGAAGGAGAGUGGGUUCAAAUGUAUACCACCGACGGGGUGUCGUUCAAGACACUGUCUGACCAUUAUAGGUCGUUACUAGGGGCUUGUCCGUCAACAAAGGAGGACGUUGAGAGAGAGCUGACAGAACUGAAGGUUGCCGAUGGGGACUUUGAUGUUGGAGGUCUGAGUGUUUGGGGUGACCUCCUCUCUGAGCUGAACAAGGUCUGAGUGUUUGGGGUGACCUCCUCUCAGAGCUGAACAAGGUCUGAGUG